AUGUCUUUGGUCGAUCCAUCAGUUGGACGUGUAUUAAUAUGGAUCGUUACUUUCGUUCUCUUCUUCUCGGUUCUCAGCGGCGGUGGAUGUCUUUUGAUGUAUAUUACCCUACCUGAGACCGAAAACACCGCAUGGCUACCGGUCGCAGGCUUGUCAUUGGUCUGCCUCCCUUGGUUCUUUUGGUUCUUAACUUUCUUGUAUAGAAUCAUCUCACGUGCAUGUGGUUUUAGAGUCUCUCUUGGCUUAGUUGUGAACGAAGAUGCAGCGGCAACAAAUAACGAAAAUGCCGAUAAUAAUACUCACAAUGAAUCCCCUCAAAGUGAUGCAGGGUGUCAGGCUAAUAAGGAGGACGUCAAUCAAAGGCAAAGCAAUUCAUCGUCAAACGGCUCGGGAGCGUCUCGUGAAAGUGAAAAGCCAUUAGCCAUAACGAUGGCGUCGUAA